AUGACUAUCCUCGGCCGGAACCCCUGUUAUAGUAGCUCAUGUCUGUGGGAUGCCCGGCUGGGCUGGGGGUUGGAUCUGUCUAUCCGUCCAAUCUCUGAGCCUUCUGGCCCAUUCGCGAUCAUGGAGGGCAAAAGGCUGCAAAUGUACGUCUCGGAAGGAGGCUACGCAACAUGGGCCGAGCAGCAGAAAGUGCUACGAACAGCAACGCUUUUGGUAGGCAUAUCAAGUGGUAAAUGCGACAAGCUCAGUCACUUUCUGGGGUUAAGUUUCCCCGGGCAUUCUGUGAUUUCGGGUCCAUCAGUAUCAGUAGGUUUCGUUGUCUCGGCCCAGCUCCAGUUCGGAAAAUGCUCAUCACAGCACGUACCACGAGUGAAAGAGGCCGGUUCGUCACUGAAACUACGGCACCAGAUUAAGGGGUCUAACCUAGCGAGCACCCAAGCGCAGACAGAGGAUGGCACUAAUUAUUUGGUCAAAGCAAAUAUGAUCCUACAUCAUAGCCACAAGAUCCACCUCCCACGAAAGUCAACGGGCAUGAUUUUCAAAAUGUCUUUCCAGAAUAGAAAAGACAUUCCCCAAGCAGAAGCUGGAUCUAUUGUUACGAAUGACCAUUAUAAAAGGUGGCGGCAAUCGCUCAUUCUUGUAAGCCUUCCUUUGCUCAUACCUCACCCAUUCGAACCUUUGAGACUCAAGCUUCACCACUUCCCUUAUCUACCAUUACAGCGGCAACAAAUUGCAAAAGACUCUUCAUCAUUCAAAAUGCAGUAUUCCAUCGCCAUCAGCGCUAUCCUUUCGGCCAUGGCUAUCCAAACUACUCUUGCUGCUACUUGCGACGUCAAAGGCAAAAAGGAAAACUGUUGCUGGGGCAAGGGCAACGAAUCCUGCCAGAAUCAGAAUCGGAACAACGAAAUCUGGUGUAGCAAGGACAAGGCAAAUUACUGCAGCAAUGCCAUGAAGCAGGGCACUAAUACGCCCGUCUCCGCAACUUGUGUAAGCACAUACAUACAACUAUCUUUCACUAGCGACAUCGCUUACUGGAUUCAUUAG